ACGCCUGGCUACGCAGGCUACAAUAAUAUGGGAAGUCAAUAUUUUGCUAUAGAAAAAGUUCAUAUAUCAAUUUUAAAUGUCUGGGUUAUUUUUUUAGCUUAUGGAUGAAAGUGAAGUCGAUAUCUGCCAAGAUGCUAAUAAUACCAAUGCUUUGAGAGAAGAAAAUGAAGAAUUUACGGAUGAUUUGGAGUCUGGAAACAGAACUGAUGUUCGCCAAAAAAAAGAUGGCGCGAACAAUUUUGAGUCUUUGACACGUCCAAUUUCAGCAGUUUCGAAUGCGUUGAAAGAUAGGUUUUUAAAGUCAAAUUCCGGUGAAGAGAAAACAGAUGAUGAUACUUACAAUCAAAAUAAUGUGGAAACUUCUGGUAACGAAAUUCAUGCUACAGUGCCAAAUGAUAGUUUAGAACACGAGGCAAGUAUAGAAAAUGYUUCUGAAGUUGAUCCAUGUGCAGAAGUUCCAGCUGGUCCAAGAUCUUCAAGCCCUGCCUUUGGCAACGAUCCCUCCGAUAUUGCUGAAGAAAUCAGAAAAUUAGACAUAUCUAAAAACGACUCCGAAGUUGAUGUUGAUUGUGUCGACCAAUUAAAUGUGAGCUUUCCUGAAGUCCCUACUGACGACCCUGAAGAUUUGGUCGAUCAAUCUAGUAUUGACGGUGGAUCGGAAUCCAUUGCUUCAUCUCAUUCAUUAAGCAAGAGUUAUAUAUACAGCUGUGUCAGUGUUGGUGAAGAUAUUCCUAAUCCACUUCGGGAUGACGGUGACUACUUAAUACCAAAGUACAAGCCUGAUGGUAAAGGGUUCUGUUGGCCAAACAACAAAUUACCGUUGAGUGGAGAUCACAAAUUUGAAGAAGAUGCACAGUGGAAGAUUUCCAAGAAAAUUGGACAAGGUGCAGUUGGCCAGUGCUUUCUUGGAUAUCCAGUAGGGAAAGAAAACAAUCUCUUUUGUGUGAAAAAGGCUGAGACGUGUCAAUACAAUGAGGAGGAAUUGAAGGCAUUAUGUUUAGCAGCAAAAGACAUUUAUGCUAAGACAAUUAGCGAAGGGGCUAAAAAUAUUGUUUUACUUUAUGGUGCAACAUAUUGCAAGCCUAAUGUCUGCAUUUUCAUGGAAUACAUGGAGGGAGGAACGGUACAUCGUGCAAUAAUCGAAGCCAACAGACAUUACAAGGAUGGGCUUGAUAAAAUUGACUGUGUGCAUUACUUCAAAGAUGUCUUUUUAGCACUUAAGUUUAUACACAGUAAAGGGAUAAGACAUAAUGAUGUUAAAGCUGAUAACGUAUUGUUAACUAAAUCUAAAGUCCAAGCAAAGCUUUGCGAUUUUGGAAAAGCAGUUGCAAUCAGCCAGCAUAAUCCAGCAUCUACAGAUGUUUGGUCAGGAGGCUGCUUCUUACUUGAAAUGCUCGGCAAGAAGUAUUCCAAAGCAUUAAUGUCGGGAUUCUUGAAGAAGGGCAAUGUCUUAGAUGGAGAUCGAUUACCUGAAGACGUCGAACAAGAUACCUACGAAGUACUGAGCAAGUGUUUUUGUGCAGAAAGAAACAAAUAUACAGCCUCAGAUGUUUUGAAAUCUGCGUUUUUCAAUGAUAAAGUAAAUUAAAGCUAUACAGUCAUCCUCGUGGCAGGAGAUUUUACGUUUAUACCGCAUUGCCAUUGAAAGCUGAGUCUUACAGUUAUUCAAGUAAAAACAGGCAUCACCACAAGUCCAAAAGGCUUUGAAACACUGAGCUUACAAGAUAAAGAAAUGAAAUGCUGAACAUGGAAAACAGUGUGCAUCAAAUGCAGCAAUAAAAAGACGAAAUGUAGAAGCAUAUAUUAUACCGUAUCCACUUGUUACUAUUUAUCGAUUAGACAACAGAAAGUCGCGCGCCCAUGGCGUUAUAGACGCACCAUAGAAAAUACAAAGAACGAUUAACAAGCGUUAAGAGUCAAGUGUCACUAGGCGUAGCCGUAUCUUUUUUUUGCCAGGGUCUUGGUGGAAAUAUAUAAGUACCACUGAUCAUCCAGCUCCUUCACAACAUACCAAGUCCACAAAAGACAUGUUAACAUGGAAAGCCAAUCAAUUCAAUUCAAUUCAAUUUUAAUUUAUUUACAUUGUUUUUUAGUCAAUUUUACAUAGUAGAAUUACAAAAAAAUAUAUAUAUAUAGCUUGAAUAAUAUUUACAAUUUUUACUAUAAUUAACAAAUAAUAGGUGUAAGUGUACGACAGCCAAUGAUGCUAAUAAAAAUGAUGCUAUGGUGACUA